AAAUUUUGCGUUCCUCUCGCGGCGAUGAGAUCGCCAAUGGAUAUCCGUCAGUCUUUCGUUAGGAAUGUAUAUAUAAUUUCAACAAUCAGCUGGACCACCUAAUCUCAAUCUUUUCGUCAGGAAACAUGCAUGCCAGAAUCAUGUUUUAUUUUAAACAUACAAAGUGUAACUCAGCAUAGCUAAAAACACACUUUAUGUCGUCUCACGAUAACGUUACUAUCUGAAUCAAUUAAAAAACGGCUAAGAUACUUCAAUAAUAUUGACUGACUCUCAUUACCAAAAAAGUUAUUUAAUUACAUAAAAGAAUCACAAUGACGAAAAUGGAUGAAAUGAUGAUACUGGUGUUGUACGGAAGCGAGACCGGAACCGCUCAAGAUGUUGCUGAACAAAUCUGGAAGAGCGCCAAAAGAAAAGGAUUGCGAAGCACAGUAUCAUCUCUGGAUGAUUAUGAUGUUCAAAAUCUCUCUUCCGAACAAUUGAUUAUCUUCGUUGUCGCAACAACUGGACAAGGAGACCCUCCAGCUAACAUGAAACAAUUCUGGAGAUAUCUGUUACGCAAGACUCUCCCAGUAAUCAUGCUUCAAAGUUUAAAAUAUGGCGUACUUGGAUUGGGCGAUAGUUCUUAUUUAAAAUUCAAUUUUGCUGCAAAGAAAUUAAAUAAACGUCUUGCGCAAUUAGGUGGCAAAGAAUUAUUACCGAUUGGACUUGCCGAUGAUCAGCACAAUCUAGGAAUUGAUGCUGUAGUCGAUCCCUGGAUCAAAAAAUUAUGGGAAGAAAUUGCAGACGUUUUCAAAAUUUCUAUAGAAGAUAAAAUAAACAAAGAAGAUUUGAUAAUUGAGAGAUAUAAUGUUUUAAUAAUAAAAAUGGACCAAUUAAAUCCAAUACACAUUGAUAAACGUUUACUAAACAUUCCGUAUCAUUUAAAUACUGACAUCUAUGCACAAGAAACAUUUAUCAAUAACGAUAUCAAAAUAGGAACAAUAAUUGAAAAUAUAAGAACUACUUCCCAAGAUCAUUUUCAAGAUGUUAGAUUGAUAACAAUCGAAGCGAAUAAUAUUAAUUACGACCCUGGAGACGUUAUUUACAUUAGAUCGAAAAAUACAGCAGAACAAGUAAAACGAUUCUUUGAUAUACUACAUGAACAUGAUAUAAAAUUGUUUCCAGAUACAACAAUUCAAGUAUCGGAGAAGGAGAUAAAGAUUCCAUUUGUUUUAAAACGAAAUUUAACUUUAGGAGAGGUUGUUGAGCAAUAUUGGGAUCUGAAUUUCAAGCCACGAAGAUCUACCAUGCACACUUUGUCCCUUAUCAGCGAAAAUGAAUUAGAAAAAGAAAAACUAUGCGAAUUUGCCAGUCCAAUUGGUCAAGAAGAGCUUUAUGAUUAUAUAAACAGGCCAAGGAGAAAUAUUUUAGAGGUCCUCACAGAUUUCCCAUACACAACCAGUAAAUUAAACAUUCAAUUAUUGUUUGAAAUCAUGUCACCCAUAAAGCCACGUCCUUAUAGCAUUGCCUCUAGUUUAAAAGAUACUCCAAAUAGAAUACAAGUUCUAGUAGCAGUAGUUAAAUUUAAGACUAGAUUGGUAGAGCCGAGAUUUGGGUUAUGUUCAAAGUGGUUGGCAAAUUUAAAUAAUAAUGAUAAAGUGAUAUUUUGGUUGCAAAAGGGAACUUUUCGGUUUAAUAAUGAUAAGCCGAUGAUUUUGAUUGGUCCUGGAACUGGAGUGGCUCCGUUUAGAUCUUUGCUUUUAGAGAAAGCAAAAGAAGAAAAUAAUUUAAAAGAAUGUAUCCUAUUUUUUGGAUGUAGAAAUAAGAAUAAGGAUUAUCAUUGCAAAGAAGAUUUUGAAUGCUUAUCAAGAAAUAAUAAUUUGAAAGUAUUCUGCGCAUUUUCCAGAGAUCAACAUCACAAAAUAUACGUGCAACAUCUUAUUCGCCAACAACGAGAGCUAUGCUGGCAAUUUUUAGAAAACAAUGGUAGUAUUUAUUUAGCAGGAACAGAGCCCGUACGUCUUUCACCAGGAUGGGAAGGUACAGGUAGACCUGAUGACGAAUUAAAUUUUAAAGGUGUUACAAUGGAUCAAGCAGAUCUCGAAUUGAAUCCUCCUAAAGAUAGAUUAAAUUUAGUAUUUUUCAUAUUGGUACUUCAUGGAAUUGGUGCCUUGAUGCCAUGGAAUAUGUUUAUAACAGCUAAAAAUUAUUUUGUCAGUUACAAAUUGUCGAAGGAAUAUACUGGUAUAACUACAAACUAUGCGAUGAAUUUUAUCGCAUAUUUGUCAUUUGCAUCACAAGUACCAAAUUUAUUAUUCAAUUGGCUAAAUAUAUUUUUACAAUUUGGAGGCAACUUAACAACACGUAUAGUAUGGAGUAUUUUUGUUUUGGUCUUAGUAUUUGUUUUUACUGUCAUUUUGGCAAUGACUGACAGUUCUGGCUGGCCUGGAAUAUUCUUCUGGAUUACUAUGAUAUCUGUUGUUGUAUUAAAUACUGCCAAUGGCAUUUAUCAAAACUCAGUGUUUGGAAUGGCAGCUAAAUUACCCAUCAAGUACACGGGCGCUGUUGUCUUAGGCUCGAAUAUCAGUGGAACUUUUACAGCCAUAAUAAACUUUUUAGCUCAAAUAAUGGCACCAAACGCGCGCACUGCCGCGAUAUAUUAUUUUAUCACGGCUUUGUUUAUUCUUCUGGCCUGUUUUGAUACAUAUUUUGCACUUCCAAUUAAUAGAUUUUAUCGAUAUCACGAGCUUCUUCAUCAGAAAGAGACGAACAAAAGACAAUUAGAGAACAAUUCAAGAGGAAAAUCUAAACCUGCUUAUUGGAAGGUGUUUAAGGCGUGUUUUCCACAAUGUUUCAACAUAUUUUUUAUCUUUUUCGUCACUUUAGCGCUUUUCCCAUCUGUCCAAUCUGAUAUACAGUCUUCGGAUAAGAAUUUUGUGAUUCCUUCUGAAUAUUAUAGCAGUGUUAUGUGCUUUUUAACAUUCAAUAUCACUGCCAUGCUGGGAAGUUUAAUUGCAUCGUUGGUUCAGUGGCCGAGCAAAAAAUAUCUGGUGAUUCCAGUGAUUCUGCGAAUUGUUUAUAUACCGUUGUUCUUGAUUUGUAACUAUCAACCGAUUGGCACAGAAAGAAUACUGCCGGUUCUUAUUAAGAAUGAUUAUGUGUUCUGGGUCAUUGCCGUUACUAUGGGCCUUAGUAGUGGCUACCUGUCGUCAUUGUCGAUGAUGUAUUGUCCUAGAAUGGUGGAUUCACAGUAUGCUUCGACGGCUGGCAUGUUUGGAGCGGCGUCUUUGAUGACGGGGAUUUUCACAGGAAUUCUAUUUUCCAUGGUGAUGCCUUCUAUCGUGGCCAACAUAAAAUUUUGAUCGUUUUAAAGAUAAGGUUCAGCAAUAUGCUUUAUAUUAACUCAGGAGCUAGAAAAAAUAUUGCAAAUUAAGAAUGCAGUCUCCUACACACACAACUACAAAUUAAAAUGAUGUGAAAUAACAAUUUAAAAGCUUGAAGAAAUAAGAAUGUUGAAGAAAAAAAGUAAAAUGUUAUUCCUAAGGACAACUUGAAAAAAGAAAUAUGUUUGUUCUUUUUGACGACGGUGCAUGCACUUUCUGUAUUUAAUGCAAGGUGCAGAACAUUGUACGCUUUAUUUGCCGCAACGUACAUCAUUACAAAAUAGUGCACGUAUUCUAUUUGAACGGAACAUUUGAAAAUUGGUGCUUGGGUACAAGAACUUAUGUAUCAUCUCUCGAGGCGGUGCAGCCGUAUAGUACAUACAGCGAAAAUCAAAAUAAAGGAGAAUUGUGAGGUUAAAGUCAAAUGAGAUCAGAACGAUUGAAAUCAGAGAUUAAAGAAUGAAAUCAGAACGAAAAUAAAAUGGAAAGCGCAAAUAUUGAGAUUGAAAGAAAAAGCAUUUUCUUUGUGCAACAUGUGCUGUGCAUGUAUCAAAUAGCGUUUAUUUAUUAUUAUUUUUUUUUUUUUUUUUAAGAACUUGCACUGACCUAUCUGUACUCCAUGCAUUGUGAUGACAUUUUUAACUGUACCAAGUACAAAAAGUGCCUGCACGAUACUUUCAAAAAGAACAUUUAUAGACAUUUCAGAAAAGAAAACGUUACUUUCCU